AUGCAGCUCUUCUGUCAUCCAGUGGUUGACGCAGACGUGAUCCACGUUGUGAAAGUGAAGGGUAUGAGCCACGGUGGACAGUGCCUUGAAGGCCACCUGUGCUCGAGGAUUCCCGUCCUUCAAACCGGCGUUGAAUCUAGUAUAUACUGGUAUACCGUGGGCUCUCCCGACUGUUCCAGCAGUAUACGUAUCUGUCAUACAUACCAGGGCAAGCAAAUGCUCGUUGCUGCCACUUGGUUUAGCCAAGCUACUUUGUGCGCGAACAAUGCGUCUGAAGUACUUCGUCUCGGGAUUGGAGUCACCUUUUUCUGA